CACCACAAGUCCAUUCUUCGGCAGCUUCUCUUUACAGUUUUCUUCAAUGGGCGUACCGACUCCUUUUCCUCUUCCAUAGUUGCGGCUUCGGCUUGGUCUCUUCGCUUCUUGCAUCAUCGGGACGUCACGCGCCCAUUUAGCUGUCCGAGCUCGCCUCUAAUUUUUCACGAUAUUGGCAACCUAGCUAUUUUGUGUUACACAAAACCUCGAGUGUCGAGACCCCGAGUGGGAAACUGGAUCUACGUCGCUAUGCCUUCCUCACAUCCCAUUCCUAUUCAGACUGACCUGGUUUUUCGGCCAGUACCUAGCGAGAAAUGCAAUGCUUCCUCUCCCAAGUCCUCGGCGACGCACGGUACAAGACACAAGCAUACGCGGUCUUCUUACUCGGAGAGCUCACCUCUUACUGCCAUGUCCAGAAACAACUCGUUGACAUAUCGCCCUCUAAAACGGUCAACACCGUCGCCAGAUAAGACCAUUGCUGUUAUUAAUGCAAGUGGUCGCCAAGCCGCCUCUUUAAUUCGGAUAGCUACUGCUGUAGGCUAUAGGGUACACGCACAGCUGCGCAACCUAGAAGGUGUUAUAGCUUCCGAAGUAUCGAUGAACCCGAGUGUCACAGUUUUUACCGGAGAGCUCUAUGUUAGAAAUAAACCCGACGACAAAAGGGACGUCACUGUUCACGGGCACCUCCCAGGGAUUCUAGUCAAUCACCGUCUAAUCUCGCAGCUCUUCAACGGCGCACAGCUAGCUUUCAUCAACACGACAUUUUACGGCAACGAAAUACAUAUAGGAGAAGCCAUUGCGGACGCAGCAAAAAAGGCCGGCGUCCAGCAUUACGUAUAUUCAUCCAUGCCCGACCACGCAGCUUAUAAUCCAGAAUGGCCCUCGCUACCCCUUUGGGCGGCCAAGCAUGAGGUAGAGAAAUAUGUUCGCAAGAUAGGGUUACCAGCUACCUUCCUCUAUACCGGAAUAUACAACAACAAUUUUACGUCGCUCCGCUAUCCGCUAUUCUGCAUGGAACUGCAGCCAGACGGUUCGUUCGUGUGGCAAGCCCCCUUCCACCCGCACGCGAAGCUUCCCUGGUUAGACGCCGAGCACGACGUUGGGCCAGCUAUUAUUCAGCUCUUUAAGGACGGACCAGAAAAAUGGAAUGGGAAGCGUAUAGCGUUAGCUUACGAGUAUCUGACGCCCGUAGAAGCCUGUAAAGCGUUCGAGCGAGGGGUAGGCAGGCGCGUCCGCUAUAAGCACGGGCCCAUAGAAGUAAAAGUGAAGAUUCCAGAGGGUUAUCGAGAACAGCUUGAGGCGCUGGAGAAACUCUUCUCGCCAAAUAAUACCGACCCCAAGAAGCAGCCGCCGUAUUUUGGAGACCUGGAACUCGAUAGAAGAUGUCCCGAAGAUGCUUUAGCAUUAUGGGAAGGGCCGAGGGGACUCGAAGAAUAUGCUCGCGAAAUUUUCCCACUGGAAGAAGAGGCAAACGGGAUGACUUGGAUGUUUGACUGUGAUGAGGUCCCUGUAUUUAACGGCCCAAGAGAGGAAAUUGAAGAGGUGGCUGGUAAUGGGGAUGAUGAGGAUGGCGAUUGUGAUGACGAAUCCUUAGAUGAAGGGUUAAUAAUGAGAGGGCUUAAGAGAGAUGAAGAGUCAUGGCUGGCAUAAGUACCUAACGAGUUGCUGCGCGCGCCAUGACUUCCUCAGCGAACAGGAACGCGAGGAGAAUAUGGUAUUAUUCGCAGGCUUGGGAAUUCCCCCUGGAGGACGUGACUUAAAACUCGAAGUUACUAUUCAACCCUCUUACGCAUUGUUCUUCUACAGCAUUUACAUAGGCUCGGCUACUCUAGACAGGCCUUCGG